AUGGACGCUUCUGUAAUUAAGAAAUCGGGGUUUCAAGAUGUUAAAGAUCUAGUUAAAGCGCUAGAAAGCGCUUCAUUGUUACCAAAGCGAGGCAAGUCAUAUAAAAUCCAGUGCAAGUCAUUCCAUUCUUCGCUAAAAAUAAACAGUUGGAAGUUCAAUGAGUGGGAUUAUGGAAAGAAUAAUAUCGAUUUACCUUGUGAAGCUCGUGGUUUGUUUAUUACUGACGAUCAAGAUAAUCCUGAAAUCAUUGGUAGAGGUUAUGACAAGUUCUUUAAUGUUGAUGAGAUAUUUAAGAACUCAUGGGCGGAGCUCGAAAAGAAUACAACGGGGCCUUAUGAGGUGACAGUUAAGGAAAACGGCUGUAUUGUAUUUAUAUCUGGGAGGAGUGAUGGAGAAAUUAUUGUGUGUUCGAAGCACUCGACUGGACCACGGGAUGACACUGACAGAAAUCAUGCAGAAGCGGGAGAGGAAUACUUGCGUAGACAGUUAAAUGAGCAGGGAGUGGAUAUAAAGAGGUUGGCUAAACGCUUGUAUGAACUGAAUUGUACUGCUGUCGCUGAGUACUGCGAUGAUUCUUUUGAGGAACACAUUUUGGAAUACUCUAGGAACAAUGCGGGAUUGUACUUACAUGGUUUGAACUUUAACACUCCUGAGUUUGCUACGAUGCCUAUGGCCGCUGUAGCUGAGUUUGCCAAGGAGUAUGGCUUCAAGGUAGUGGACUGCUUAAUGAUCAAUGACAUCCAUCAGCUGAGGUUGUUCUUGGAGGAUUGUGCAACAAAAGGCCACUAUAACAACAUGGAGGUGGAAGGAUUUGUUAUCAGGUGUAAAACAAAAGCUGGCCGUGACUAUUUCUUCAAAUAUAAGUUUGAAGAGCCCUACUUGUUGUAUAGACAGUGGAGAGAGGUGACGAAAGAUUAUAUUAACACAAGAUCUCGGGUGUUCAACUUUUCGAAACACAAAUACAUCACCAACAAGUAUCUUGACUUUGUUAUUCCUAUUCUAGAAGCGGAUCGAGCUCUAUGUGAGCAGUUCCUUAAGGGCCAUGGUAUUAUAAAAUUGAGAAACAUGUUCUUGGAGAGUUACGGAAUGUCGGGAUUUGAAAUACUGAACAACGAAGCGCUUAAAGAGCUCGAUAGGAAGAAUGCAUUGGAUAGAGAAAAGGUAGAUGAAUUUACAAAGUUUAUAUUUUUUCCUAUUGCAACUGUAGGUUGCGGAAAAACUACUGUUUCGCUGACCUUGAGGAACAUAUUUGGCGACUCUUGGAGGCAUGUUCAAAAUGAUGAUAUUACGGGUAAAGACAAGGCUAAGCUCAUGAAAGACUCCUUAGAACAGCUCUCUAAAGAAGGCGUCAAAGCAGUUAUUGUGGAUAGAAACAACCAUCAGCUCAGAGAGCGCCAACAAUUAUUCGAGUGGUUUAACCAAUACAAGGAAGAGUACUUGCCUUACGAUUGUAAUGUAAAAUUCAUAUGUCUUUCAUUUAUUCCGGGGACUCCAGAUGAAACACAAAGACAGAUUACAUCAACUAGGGUUCUUGCUCGUGGAGAUAAUCAUCAGAGCAUUAAAGUGCAGACAGAUGGCGAGAAAAAAGCGUUGUCCAUUAUUAAUGGAUUCAUCAAAAGGUUCCAGCCUUUGGACACCAGUAGAUCCCCGGACAACCUUUUUGACUUCGUUAUUGAAUUGGAAGUCGAGAAUGCUCAGUCUUCGCUGAUAAACACUAAAUUGAUCUUGGAGAAAUUGAACCAAAAAUAUCCUACUUUAGUCCAAGAGUUGCCUGCUGAUGAAGCCAUCGAACAAGCUUUCCAAGUUGCAUUACAGUAUAAACCUACUAUAACUAAAAUAGUAGGCGGUAAAAAGAAUAACAGAUCAGAAAGGUACAAACCAUUGUACUUCUCUGCUGAUUUAGAUGACAAUAAAUACUUCAGAGGCCUAGUUGAAUCCGUUUUAAACAGCAACACAACCAAGAGUGUUAACACCCUAACAGCUUUAAUGGCGGAGAAUAAUAUACAACCUGAUUUCCAUAUAACGUUGAUCCACUUAGGGACAGUAAAGAAAGGAACCAAAGCUGAUAGAGACCAAUGGAGUGAGUAUGUGAAAAGGUACAGUGACUAUCUAUUGAAGUCCAAAAAUAACAACGAAGGUGUGCCGACCUUGAUACCCACUAAAGAUACUGUCAAGUUUAAGCUUGAAAGUUUAAUAUGGGACGAGAAUAUCGUAACAGUAACUGUACAGCUUGAUCACGAAUGUAUCACUGAUGAAAAUGGCAAUAAGGUAACGGGUCUCUCAUGCAAUAAUACAAUUGCACACAUUACAAUUGGCAUAAGGAAGGAUGGGGUGCAUGCCGUAUAUUCAAACGUUCUAUGUCAAAAAGUGCACGAUGCAUUACUAAAGAAUAAAGAUUUGGCUGCUGAAGGAUUGUUUCAAAUCAAGUUUGAACAGGAUAUAUAUUUGAAUGCAAGCGUAAGUAUUAAUUUCUAA